GGUGAAGACCAAUUAUUACGCGACCCAAUCUCAGCAAAUACCGAUGAAUGAUAUGGCAGGAAUAUCUCUGAACGGCAAUACCAUCCCCCAUGAAGUGGUCCACAAUACAUAUCUGCGUCUGAAGAGCCAGUAUGAAAAGGGGCUAUGUGACCAGUGGCUUGACCGAACGGAGCCCGUCAAGCACAUCUUCCAGGAUCUCAAAAUCGCCGCAUUCUUGAUCGAGUUAUGGCGCGAGAUAUACGGCGCGAGGCCAGCAUCGGAAUCCAUUAGUGAUACAGUCAGCCUCACUCGGUUUCCAGGCUUUGUUGAUAUCGCAUGUGGGAAUGGUGUGGUCGUCUACGUGCUUCUUAUGGAAGGAUAUUCAGGCUGGGGAUUCGAUGCACGUCGGCGCGAUACAUGGACUUAUUUCCCAGCAUCAGUACAAGAACGACUUGAGGAGAAAAUUCUUAUCCCAAAGCCAUUCAUGGACGUCGUGGAUUCUCAGGAGAUCGGAAUGGAAAUUUCAACUGGAGAUUUUCCACCUGGUACUUUCGUCAUCUCUAAUCAUGCAGAUGAACUCACCGUGUGGACGCCACUAUUGGCAGCCCUUGCAUAUCCUAACUCCCCACUCCCCUUCCUAGCGAUCCCAUGCUGUUCUCACUCGCUUUCUGGAUCUGCUUAUCGCUAUCCGACGCCUAAAGAUGCCAAUAACCCAGAUGCAAGCCAAGAUGAUCACCAGGAACAAAACUCACAGCCUGCAUCUGGGGACCUGAGGGCCAUGCGAGCAGCCAAGCAAAGGGAAAAGACUGUUGAAGGCAAGAUGUUUUCACAGUAUGGCGCUCUUGUAGCGAAAACCACCUACAUCGCAGAACAAGUCGGUUACCAAGUUGAGAAUACCAUCCUGAAUAUCUCAACUCCUCGUAAUGUGGCUAUAGUGGGGGGGGUCGGCAAUUGGUCGCAACGGAAUGGAAAUCAAGUACUCGACACGGAAACUCGGCCCCCGCAUCAUCUACGUGGUGCCGAGCUAGUUCGAAAAAUCAGGGACCUGGUCCACCAUGAGUGUUUGAAAGAUGGUGGGAUUGAGUUCGCUGCUCUGGAAUGGCUUCAACGCGCAGUAUCUGUUCACCGUGGAGAUAUCGGAAAAUUACCACACUGA